AAGCAAGGCAAUAACAAGACACUGAAACAGAGACAGAGAGAAGGAAUGACGAACUGGAGUGACGAGAUGGACACGGAGAAAAUGGAUCCACAAAACUAUUCGACUGAUUUAACGAAAAACAAAAAUCCGUUCAUUAUUUUCUUUUGAUACAUAAAGCUUUAACGUGUUGUGAGAACAAGACGAGUCAGAGUUUGGCUUAGACUGGCAGGUAGGUGGAUCAGUCAUAGUUAUGGCAUUAGGGAUUAGCAAGAUACAACAAAAAGCAACAUUUGUGAGAGUGAAUAUUACUAUGAAAUGGUUAUUUAAUCGUGAAUUGUAAAAAUUAAUUUCACAUUUAAGGGGUGUGGCCAGGAGCGGGGCUGUCCGGAGAAUUUUUAGCUGAUUUACUAAUAACAAUUUAUGCCACUAAAAUACAACUUAGAAAAAGAAUAAUGUACCGUAUAUAUUCGAGUAUAAGUCAACCCGAAUAUAAGCCGAGGCACCUAAUUUUGCCACAAAAAAUUGGGAAAACUUAUUGACUCGAGUAUAAGCCUAGGGUGGGAAAUGCAGCAGCUACUGGUAAAUUUCUAAAUAAAAUUAGAUUGCAUUAAAAUUACAUUAAUUGAAUAUUUAUUUACAGUUUGUGUAUAUAAUGAAUGCAGAGUGUGUGUGUUUGUGUAGUGUGUAUAUAAUGAAUGCAGAGUGUGUGUGUUUGUGUAGUGUGUAUAUAAUGAAUGCAGAGUGUGUGUGUUUGUGUAGUGUCUGUAUAUAAUGAAUGCAGAGUGUGUGUGUGUGUGUGUGUGCAGUGUGUGUAUAUAAUGAAUGCAGUGUGUGUGUGUGUGUGUGCAUAUAAUGAAUGCAGUGUGUGUGUUUGUGUGUAGUAUGUGUAUAUAAUGAAUGCAGUGUGUGUGUGUGUGUGUGUGUGUGUGUGUGUGAAUUCAGAGUGUGUGUUUGUGCAGUGUGUGUAUAUAAUGAAUGCAGAGUGUGUGUUUGUGUAGUGUGUAUAUAAUGAAUGCAGAGUGUGUGUGUGUUUGUGUAGUGUGUGUAUAUAAUGAAUGCAGAGUGUGUGUGUGUUUGUGUAGUGUGUGUAUAUAAUGAAUGCAGAAUGUGUGUGUGUGUGUGUGUGUGUGUGUGUGAAUUCACUGUGUGUGUAUGUAAUGAAUGCAGAGUGUGUGUGUGUGUGUUUGUGUAGUGUGUGUAUAUAAUGAAUUCAGAGUGUGUGUUUGUGCAAUGUGUGUAUAUAAUGAAUGCAGAAUGUGUGUGUGUGUGUGUGUGAAUGCACUGUGUGUGUAUAUAAUUAAUGCAGUGUGUGUUUGUAUGAAUGCAGUGUGUGUAUAUAAUGCAGAGUGUGUGUUUGUAUGAGUGUGUGUGUGUGUGUGUAUAUAUAUAAUGCAGAGUGUGUGUCUGUAUGAAUGCAGAGUGUGUGUGUGUUUGUGUAGUGUGUGUAAACUAGGUGGGGGAGGGCAUUUUUAUUAUUUUUAAUAUUUGUUUAUUUUAAUAUUUGUUUCUUUUAAUAUUAUUUUAUUUUAAUAUUAUUUUAUUUUAAUAUUAUUUUUAUUUUAAUAUCACAAAAUGUAAUUGUUUAAUGUUUUAUUUUCUCCCCCCUCCCUGGUUGUUGCCUGGCCAGGGAGAGGGGCUAUAUUAUUUCCUGGUGGUCCAGUGUUGUGUACUGUGCGGGGGGAGCGGCAGCAAGCUGCUCCAGUCAGCUCCCUUCACCUCCGUUCCCUUCCGUUCACAGUGUAAGUCUUGCGGUCUGCAUGCCGCGCAGAAUGUUGCGACGGUAACCCGUGGCAACGCUCUGACGGCCGCGGGUGUCGCAAGACUUACACUGUGAGCGGAAGGGAACGUAGGUGAAGGGAGCUGACCGGAGCUGCUACAAAGGUAAGUAACAGCUUGCUGCCGGCCCCCCCAGGACUGCCAGGCUUGUAAUGAGCACGGCGGUCCUUGUCUGUAUUAUGGCAAUGUAAGUGGCAAAAAAUGUGCAGAAAAACUCUGCUUAUACUCGAGUAUAUACGGUAUCUUAUUUGCACAGACUGAUUUCUAAACACAUUUAUUGUAGUUUAAAGAGACAUUACUGGGAGUAUUAUUGCUGUGGAGCUCUGUUAUACACUCAGACACAUUACUGGGCGUAUUAUUGCUGUGGAGCUCUGUGAUAUACUCAGACACAUUACUGGGAGUAUUAUUGCUGUGGAGCUCUGUUAUACACUCAGACACAUUACUGGGCGUAUUAUUGCUGUGGAGCUCUGUGAUAUACUCAGACACAUUACUGGGAGUAUUAUUGCUGUGGAGCUCUGUUAUACACUCAGACACAUUACUGGGAGUAUUAUUGCUGUGGAGCUCUGUUAUACACUCAGACACAUUACUGGGAGUAUUAUUGCUGUGGAGCUCUGUUAUACACUCAGACACAUUACUGGGAGUAUUAUCGCUGUGGAGCUCUGUUAUACACUCAGGCACAUUACUGGGAGUAUUAUUGCUGUGGAGCUCUGUUAUACACUCAGGCACAUAACUGGGAGUAUUAUUGCUGUGGAGCUCUGUUAUACACUCAGACACAUUACUGGGAGUAUUAUUGCUGUGAAGCUCUGUUAUACACUCAGACACAUUACUGGGAGUAUUAUUACUGUGGAGCUCUGUUAUACAUUCAGACACAUUACUGGGAGCAUUAUUGCUGUGGAGCUCUGGUAUACACUGAGACACAUUACUGGGAGUAUUAUUGCUGUGGAGCUCUGUUAUACACUCAGACAUUACUGGGAGCAUUAUUGCUGUGGAGCUCUGGUGUACACUGAGACACAUGACUGGGAGUAUUAUUGCUGUGGAGCUCUGUUAUACACUCAGACACAUUACUGGGCGUAUUAUUGCUGUGGAGCUCUGUGAUAUACUCAGACACAUUACUGGGAGUAUUAUUGCUGUGGAGCUCUGUUAUACACUCAGACACAUUACUGGGAGUAUUAUUGCUGUGGAGCUCUGUUAUACACUCAGACACAUUACUGGGAGUAUUAUUGCUGUGGAGCUCUGUUAUACACUCAGACACAUCAACAACAACGUGGAGCUCCUAGAAAAUUCUGUCAUAUGCUAACUUUAAUCGAAUACUGAUAAAUUUUGACUUUCUAUGUUCCCAAGGAAGGCAAGUCCGAGAGAUUGUUUAGGGAGUAUAUUAAUAUGUAUUAAUUAUUAUAAUGAAUAAUCAACCCCAGGCAGACACAUUUCUCAUAUCGUCUCCAUGCAUUUUGUAAAUACUUUUGAAAAAUUAUAUUAGUGGAGUCACUAAACAUAUUAUUAUUAGGAUUUGUAGUUAGAAGGCUUUUUAUGCAAAUUAACCUUUCAGCCUUCUGACAGCACCAAUCUGUGACAGCUAAGAAUUUAGAAGCAGAAGAUCUUUGCUUUAACAUAAGAUACUGUUUUCAAUUAUCUAACUGUAGAAACUGUAGCCACGUAGGAUCCAUUUUAAGCAGGAGUAUAUUUAAAUCAGAAAGCUACAGCCGUUGAAAUAAAACACUCAUUGUCCUCUGACAUCCUCACACUCACAGAGCAGGGGUGCAACUGCAUGACAGCCUCAAAUUGAAUAUAAUCCUAAAUAGAAGACAUGCGUCAGUCAGUGGAUUAGUAACUAGGAUUGCCCCAUCUGGUUUGCCGUAGGAAAAUGUCGGAGUCUAUGUCCGUGUUCUCAAUUAGAACCCUGCUGGCAGCCAAUCAGAAACAAGCGCAAGACAGAUACUCCGCUCCCCACAUUUUCAAAUCCAUCCUCCUUUCCCAAUGGGGUCAGAAAUCAGAACUACAUAACCCUUGCUGGUUUAAACCUUCCAAAAACACACCUCUCAGCUUUUUAAAUGGACAGAGAGGGACACUUUCAUUUUAGGAGUGUGAGGGCCAGAGGCGGGGCUGUGACUAAUAAUUUAUAGAAAUAUAAUGUAACUUAGAGAUCAGUCUGUGUAAAUAAGAUACAUUGUUCUUGUUCUAAACACAUUUAUUGCAGUUUAAAGACACAUUACUGGAAUAAUUAAAGCGGCACUGUCAUGACGAACUUACCUUCCCCAAUCGCUUCCUCUUCUCUUCCUCUCUCAGAAUCUGUUCCUUUCUGAUCAAGUUUUCUUUAAUCCAAGGUAGUGACUAGUUUGAAUUAUGUAUUUUUCCUGUGCUUGACCUUCCAUGACCAAAGGAGGAGCUUAAGUCAGCUCCAUUUCCCGUGUCAAAGAAAUUUCCCCACAAUACUCACCUUUCCUCGGUGUUCUCUCAUUGCUUCAUUCACUGUGAACGAACGUCCUGUCAUAUAGAUAAGGCACGGCCGAAUUGACUGAAUUUUGUCAGACAUUCAGUUGAAAUUCGGUCAUUAUGUUCGGUUCGGAAUUUCACCUAUUGUCUCUCCCCAGGCCCCCACCCAUUAGUGGCAGGAGGAAGCCCUAAGUGACAAAAAUGGUCCCCACUCAUUAAUAGGCAUUCCCCUACUCGUGGCAUAGUGAGUAGGGGCGAGAGGCAAAUUUUCAUCUCUUAUGCUAAUAUGAGAGUUAUAUUGACCCACACAGAGUGAGGGGGUGCAUGGGGGUUUUAGGAAGUGCCGCUUCUAUGUUUAAACCUCGCAAACCGUUAGCUCCCUCCUUGUAACAAACUAAACAAAGACCGGAUUUAAAUUCAGUCUUCUUUCAUUCAUUCUUUGUCAUUUCUAUUUGUUCAUUCGUCUUUCUGACUAAUGAACGAACAGCCGAUAUUCUCGUCAGAGUACAAUUGGGCAUGCUUGGGAAUUUCAUAGCGCUAUCUAGGGUGGGCAGAUGAUGUGUCCUGCAGGGCCUUUAUCUGCCCACACUAAGAUUGCAACGCCUAGGAACUAGUUCCUUGCAAGUAAUAAACAGGUACAAAAAUCGGAAAUGAGAGACCUACGGGCAUCUGGGGGUGGCUAGGGGGACAAUCAAAUGUAGUAAAGUUGGGAGGGGAGUUAAAGGAAAACGGAUGCAGCCAUGACAUUAUCCAACUUGGGAGGUAUGCAACAAGCCCACAACCAACUAUUAUUAGUGAAAAAGACAGUUCAUUCCAUUUGCCAGUGCAAAAUCUCACUGUAUUUUAUACUGGCGGUGGGUGGCACUGUAAACGGUCACAAAUCACAGCCAGGCCCAUUUUAUAGUCUACUUUUUUUGCAGCAGACAGAUAUUAUAAAAUAGACAUGUUGGGAAGUCUUGGAAAAUCCACAUCAGCAUCCAUCAAAAAAAAAAACUGUUAUUUGGUUUAAGCUGAAAGAUAGACUACAUAAUCGUAUUCUGAUUAAUGACAGAAGCUCCACACGGCACCAAGCAAGAAGAGACCUUUAUAGCUUAUUGUGUGAAACAUAUUCAUGGAGUUUGAUGUACCAAGACUUCAGUCUAGAGAUGACAUGAUUAAGCCAUCAAAAUGACAAAUGGACCUCGAUUUAUUUCAAAGUAUAAGCCUGUCCUCGGUUAGAUGCAAGCUGGCAUGCUACCUGAUAGGUGUGAGUUUAUCAUUUAACAUUUUCUACCUCAAUCAAGAUUACAUCAAGCCUUUGGAGCAUCAAUGGGGUCUUUUAGACCACCUAGAUAUUCAUGUGCUAUAGGAUUUUUUGAGGGGUGGGGGAUGGUUGCGUGAAGCCAAUUGUAGAAAUAUAUAUAUAUAUAUAUAUAUAUAUAUAUAUACAUACACACACAUAUCUUGAAAUGUAGCUCCACCCCCUUGUCUCUCUUUUCUAAGAGGAAGAGAGAAACAAUCAAAUAGGAUGUGUACAACAGUACAUUUCCCAGAAACCCUUUAACCGAGUUUCUAAUUUUUCUAUUAAUUCUCUAUUACUGAAAAAUAUACUCCAUUAUCUAAUAUCACAGAGAUGGCACGCAGCACUGCUAGCUAAUCAGUUGAGCGCAUGAAAGAGUCAUCAAAAUCAGACAAAUUACAACAACGGUAACCUGCAGCAAAGAGCACGUCUAACCAGGUGCUCGUCCUCUACUUUCUAGACAAUUAAAAACCUUUAGAACAUGGGCCCAGAAUUGGGCUCUCAUAUUCAACCGUACUGACCUGAUUCACAACUACCAAAAUAGUGGAGACUUUUGUACCAUUUCCCCCAAAGACCCAGGGAGAUAAAGUAUUACUACAGGCCAAAACGUUCAGGACACAGUGGGCAAUGGGUGACUAUACUAAAGCACUGUCAUAAGCUUCCUUAUGCCUUAUUGUACACCAGCAGGCAGGGGUCUCAAUACCCUACUGUACAGGUUUCUGGUAGUCAAACUAAGUUCCACUUUUAAAUGCUUUUUAUCUCGUUCAGAGGAAUUAUCUGCAUAAAGAAAGCAUCGAUUAUUUUCUUUCCCCUCUGUAAGGAAGUUGCUGUGAAGCUGUCACAAGAGCGCCACCUAGUGUUUCUAAAAGAUAAGACAUUAGGACAAGGUAGGUCCUAUUCACUGCUUGAUUUGCAGAUGUUUUUUACGGUGUUAUUUUUCAUGGUGUUUUCAAGCAUUUCUGGCAAGGUUUACAUUAAUAUAUGUAUUUUGGGGGUCUUUUUAAAAACACACACAUCAUUUAAUGAACUAAUUUGCAGGCCAUAUAAUCACCGAUUUCUGCCAAAGACUGUGAUAGUCCCAUAUCCCCGCUCCCUUUUUCCUCAAAGCUUCUGGAAAGACUUGUCUUUACCCGUCUGACUUUCUUCCUCAACUCUCUCGUUGACCCUCUUCAGUCUGGAUUCUGCCCCCUCCACUCCACAAAGAAUGCUCUGAUUCGAGUUACAAAUCAUCUAAUUGCAGCUAAAUCCAAAGGACAUUACUCUGUGCUAAUUCUUCUUGACAACUCUGGUGCGUUUGACACUGUUGAUCACGGCCUUUUGUUCAGUAUUUACAGAUCAAAAUUAAGGAGAGGGACAUAAGUUAAGAAAAAAGACAAAGGAGUCAUUUGUUACAUGUGAGUUUACAGAGGAAGAGGUUCUAUUUCAACUGUCAAAAGUAAAGACAAAUACGUCAAUGGGACCUGAUGGAAUACACCCAAAGCUAUUAAAAGAGCUUAGUGGUGUAUUAGCAAAACCAUUAACAGAUUUAUUUAACCAAUCAUUGUUAACAGGAGUAGUCCCAGAAGAUUGGAAGUUAGCGAAUGUUGUGCCCAUUUACAAGAAAGGUAAUAGGGAGGAGUCGGGCAACUAUAGGCCAGUAAGCCUUACUUCAGUAGUGGGGAAAGUGAUGGAAACCAUGUUAAAGGAUAGGAUUGAUGAACAUCUAAAAACACAUGGAUUUCAAGAUCAGAGACAACAUGGGUUUACUUCAGGGAGAUCAUGCCAAACUAAUCUUAUUGAUUUUUUGAUUGGGUAACUAAAAUAAAAGAUCAGGGUGGUGCAGUAGACAUUGCUUACCUAGAUUUCAGUAAGGCUUUUGACACUGUUGCACAUAGAAGGCUCAUUAAUAAACUGCAAUCUUUAAGUUUGGAUUCCAAUAUUUUUGAAUGGAUAAGGCAACAGUGUGACAGGCAACAGAGGGUUGUAGUCAAUGGGGUGUAUUCAAAGCAUGGGCUUAUCAUGGGCUUGUCACCAGUGGGGUACCUGAGGGAUCUGUACUUGGACCCAUUCUCUUUAAUAUUUUUAUUAGUGAUAUUGCAGAAGGUCUUGAUCGUAAGGUAUAUCUUUUUGCUGAUGAUACUAAAAUUUGCAACAGGGUUGUUGUUCCAGGAAGGAUAAGCCAAAUGGCAAAUGAUUUAGAUAAAUUAGAAAAAUGGUCAGAGCUGUGGCAAUUGACAUUUAAUGUGAUUAAGUGCAAGAUAAUGCAUCUUGGGCUUAAAACCCAAGGGCAGGGUAUAGAAUAUUUGAAACCCUACUAACCUCAACAUCUGAGGAAAGGGAUUUAGGAGUAAUUAUUUCAGAUGACUUAAAGGGAGAAAGACAAUGUAAUAGAGCAGCAGGAAAUGCUAACAUAAUGCUGGGUUACUUUCCAUGAGAGAAAUGAUUUAGAAAUGUGUGUAUGUUUCAAAGGCAUUUCUCUCAGUAGGAGAUUAGUGAUUGGCUGACAGCGUUAUCUAACACUCUCAGCUGAUCACUGGCGACCAAGGGAAUUGCUUCUUCAUUGAAUCCGGGGUCAUAGGAAAGAGAAGACAGUCAAGAGACAAGGUGUCAUGACCAGAACUUUAAGGUUAAACUGUUCAAAUACAGUUAAACCUUUUAAGGUACGAUGGCAUUCAGGACAUUUAGACACCACAAGGACUUCAUUGUGUUGAAUUUGUUGUGAUGCCCAGAGUGUUCCGUUUCUAUCUUUAUAAAAAGAUCUCAAGUAAAAGUUUCACUUUAAUAUUUGAAAAUAUUAUGGUUUUCAAACGGUAGGGUUACAUUUUCAAUUUUAAUGGGACACUGUAGGCUCUGGUAUUUGCUUUAUCUCACUGAAGUGGUUAUAUUGUCUUAAGUCCCCGGUGCCCACCUUCCAUUCAAUGUUAAACUAUUUUUAAUGUUUGAACGCUAAACAAGGGUCCCAAGCAGUCCAUCCCCUCGGUGCUGCUUGGGCUAAUGAGGAAGGAAGCAGUAGUCAGAGUAGCAAAAGGCAGCUGUGAUAGCAUACCACCAUUAGGGGUCAAUCUAUGCAACUCAAUUAGUAUUAAACUGCUGGAAAAUGAUUUAACACUGAAUGGAGGGACAGACCUAGAGGUCGAGGCACUAUAACUACUUCAAAACACAGUGUCCCUUUGAAUACAGCUUGCCACGUCAAUGUAAGAACACUCACCCAUGAUGCUGCCUGGUGACCAGUCACAAAUCUUUACACAUAUAAGAUCCCGGACAUUUGGAUGGCACUGGUGUUGUCCAGUCAGCUGUUCUGAAAAAAAAAAAAAAAUUUGGUUUAUUAGUAAAUAUUACUAUACAAGUAAAUUAAGGUUUGCUUAAAAAAGAGUCAGAACUUCUUUCUCAACAAAAUAAAAACUAUUUUAUGUUUAUUUUUCUAAUUCAUUUUCUUCCAUCAUCUCCAAAUUCUUAACAGAGUACAAUGUACUAUAAGUAACAAGUACUACACAUUCCUUACAUUAAAAACAGUACACAAUUCAUAGCAUUCAGCUUACAUAGAGAGUUUUCUUCAAUAAACACGCUAUGAAAAUAAACAAACCAUGAACCAACAUAAGACAUACAUGACAUUACACAAUGGCCAAUCCCUAUCUUCCGUUUACUUUAGUGGAUUUGGGCAAAAAAAAAACAUGCGGAGAUGAUUGAGAACUUAUAUGGCUCCUACCUUAUCCCACAUUUAACUACCACAAACCACCCUUGUUUUCGUAGCUUGACUCUAAAGACGAAGAGCUCCCAAAACAUGUUCUAUUUGAGUUAGCCACUCGUUUAACAUGUCUUUAGAGGCUCUCCUCGAACCCCCUUCCAUUUUUAGCUGAUAUUUCAUUUGUUUCUUGAUCAUAAUCCACAUGGGGGUAAUAGAUACUUUCCAAUAUCUGGCAAUCAGCAUUUUUGCGGCCAGUAAUAUACACGUUAUUAGUGGGUUAUGGAUACUGAUCGUUUAACAUUAAGCUGUAAUGAAGUUAGAUCUGGACUAAAAAGGAAGGGGAUGUGGAUUCAUUUAGAAAUUUUACUCUCAAUAAUAUUCAAGAACAGUUUGAUAGGGAAACAGUCCCACCAUGUUUGGAGGUUGUCGCCUUUUUGAUCCCCACACCUCCAACAUCUAUUUUCUUUGCCUCGGGAAAAUGUAGAUAUUCUACUCGGGACCAGAUACCAACGAUUUAAAAGUUUGAAAUGGCAUUCCAAUAAAUUAAGACAGUGAAUAUUUUUAUGGACAUUCCACGAACUUCCAAUAACUUCAUAAGCAAUUUGAAUAUUUGAGUCUUCUUCCUAUUUUUUUUAAAGUGGAUUUAAUAUAUUGUUCAGGAUCGUUAAUAACCCGUUCCAUAAACCCAGCUAACUUAACUUUGUUAAUGUUGUUUUUUUCAAUAAUUUCUCUAGAGUAUUCACUUUUAUCUGUUUUAGAUGCUAAAUUAUAUAUUAAAAAAAAAAAACACCUUUAUUCUUCGAUAAUUAAGGAUUUCUUUACUGUCCAGGUUUUAUUCUGCUUUUAGUAUAGAAAAUAUUUUAACUUAUUAUUAUUCAAUAAAUUGUUUAUAUUUAAAAGGCCAGCUUUGAUCCAAUUGUUUAGAUUUAAAUCUUCUAUAUUAUAAGAUAUGCAACACAAAGGAAGGCAGGGAAUUGAUACAUUUUUUGAAUCAGUAAAUCUUUCUUACAUUUCUCCCAUUGUUUUAAGGUAUUUUCAUGAAUAAUACUGUUGGUUUUCUCAGCUACGGGGCUUUUCUUUUUGCUCUUUAUUUGCCAAAAAAGUGUUCUUAAAUCCAUUUUGUGUUGUUCUUUCUGGGUCAACAUUUGUUCAAUUUUGUACCAUUUUUUUUUUUUUUUCUUUAUUUUUGCAGUGCAUAGUUUAGUAAACAAGCUCACAGUGACAUUUUUAAACAAAAAUAUACAUUGAUAUACAUUGAGGUUGAGAGCAAGAUUGUCGUAAAAUGUCAACAGUUCAGCACUUUUUGUUUUUUAAUAACAUGGGAAAACAAUGAUGAAAACUGUACAGUGCCUAUGAAUGAUAAUAGAACAAGGUUGGUUAUAGCGAGUGCAUGUCUUAGGCACUUAUAUUGAAUGCCACUAUUAAUAACAAGCUUAGUCAAAGAUAGGCUAAUAGACAACAAUACUGUGUAGUGUAACAUGCUAAACUAAAUAUGCGCCUAGCCAAACUAGUUGCGCUUAAGGUUAUAGGUGUGAAACUGUGCAUUAGUGAGGCUAGGAGCUUUUAUGCUUAAUGAAUCAGUUGCACGUAUUUAAGUGUAGAGAUAAACCAACAGUUGUACCGCCAGUUUGAAACCAGCUCGGAGUACCACAUUAAAUAGGACCAGCUAGGGAAGUUAUACAGAUGCGGGUGCGGGAGACACACACAAGAUGUCAUUGCCCAAAAAAGAGAAAACUUUGCAAGGGGUGAAAACAACGGCAUAUCAUAUGUUGUCACGUUACUUUUAGCCAGGGUGUAGAGGGCAGUUCUUGCGAUAUGAGGGAUGGUGAAAAAGUCCAGCUAGUGCGAGAAAUGCCUAAAAAACGUUAGGUUAGACAGCUGCAGUAUACGUGUGUGUGUGUGUACAACCCCUUUAGGUUGGUCUGAGUGGGUCAUGUGUGGAAGUCCCCGCAGUGGCAACUGUUGUCCGUGGUUAGUCCCGUAAUGGCAAUACAGCUUUAGGCAGCGAGCCUGAGUUCAGCCUAUCCCCAAGGCUGAGAAGUGUAAGUCCCGAGUGAUGAGGGCGAAGGUGGCUGUAGCACUUGGAUGGUUCUGUUGGGCGUCCUUCCAGCCCCAGGCCGGUUGAUAGGCCAGCACCUUCGUGCCACGGACUUGGGGGCUCCUGAGGUCCCAGUCCUCCGCUCUGGGGGGUAGGCAGGAGGUUGUGGAGGCUGGUGGCCUCACGUGGCGGGUGGAUCUCCGCCUGUGUGGACGGUGCCGUGGGGUUCUGCCCCUGGUGGCCCUCGGCCUAGGUGAUCUCUUAGUGUGAGGAGGUACAUGUGUUUUGGAGACAUGAAUGAUCGAAGGGGGCUCACUCACCAUCCGGUUCUCAGCCCCCGGUCGGCCUCCUGAUGUUGGAGCUUUACUGCUUCUUGUCGUGCCUCCAGCAUGGCCCAGAAGCGGGUGAAGAGUUCAUCCAGCCUCCUUUGGGUGAUCUGUGCCGAGUUUAGAGGCUCCGGCUCGUAGUGCUGGGAGUUUGCUCCUUGCAUGGUAAGCUGGGCCGCCAUUUUGUGUGAUUCUGCAGUUGAUGUAUCUUAGUCAGGUAGGGUGAUUAAAGUCGCUUGGCGCCAGGUUCAGGCUAGGAAGGACAGGGAUAUCCCCCGCCGGUCCAGAGGGGGGGGGGGGAGCAGUGCUGUUUUGCAGGCUUGGGAGGACACUAGGUCGCACAGAGCGGGGGAUCGGCCGCCUCACCCGUCUGGCGAUACUGCUAGGCCGCACUCCCGACACCCUCGAUAGAAGCUCUGUGUACCCGGGAGACCCGGGGCACUUUGGCUGGCUCCUGAGGUAGGUAUGCCUUUGUUUAGGCAUUUGUGUGGGUCCUGGCUGGCUGGCGUGCAGUUAGUCAGGCUGUGCAGGUAGAUUGAGCUCGGAGCUCACACGAGGCACGUCCAGCCGCCAUGAAGUCCAGGCCCCGCCCCCCAUUUUGUACCAUUUUUGAUCUUAAAUAUUAUCUAGUUGCAUGGUUAAAGCAUGUGGUAUAUUGCAAGCCUUCUGGUAGUCUUCUAAUAUGGGUAGCCCUAGUCCUCCCUUUUUAACCUUUACCGCCAAGCAUUUUCUUGACCAUACAAACUUGUUGAUAAGGGACUGUGCUAAAAGCAUCCAGCUAUCCGGACAUGCUAAUGGUACCAAUCGAAAUAAAUAAAUCCACUUUGGUAGGAUAUAUGAUCUGACUAUGUUGAUUCUCCGCCACCAUGAGACCUCAGUGUUUCUCCAUUCCCUCAAUUUCUUACCCUUUUCUUUUAAUAAUGGCAUAAAGUUAAUUUACAUUAUUUUAGAUGGGUCACGCGUGAUCUCAAUCCCCAGGCAACUUAACUAUUCCUGGACUUUUAAACCAAAAGUCUGUUUUAAGCCUUCAACAACAUACUGAGUGAGGCAAGUUUAACGGCAAUGCGACCAUUUUAUCUAGAUUCAGUUUGUAACCUAAAAGUAAAACUCCUUCAUAAGGGAUGUCAAUUUCCUCAUAGAAUUUAUUGGGUCACUCAGUGCAAGUACGAUGUCAUCUGCCAGUAUCGUCUAGAAUGUUUUAACCCUUACUUUGAUUGUUGGCUCUAUUGCCAGAAGGUAUAAAAGUGGUGAGAGCGGACACCCCUGUCUGGUUCCAUUAUACAGGGAGUGCAGAAUUAUUAGGCAAAUGAGUAUUUUGACCACAUCAUCCUCUUUAUGCAUGUUGUCUUACUCCAAGCUGUAUAGGCUCGAAAGCCUACUACCAAUUAAGCAUAUUAGGUGAUGUGCAUCUCUGUAAUGAGAAGGGGUGUGGUCUAAUGACAUCAACACCCUAUAUCAGGUGUGCAUAAUUAUUAGGCAACUUCCUUUCCUUUGGCAAAAUGGGUCAAAAGAAGGACUUGACAGGCUCAGAAAAGUCAAAAAGAGUGAGAUAUCUUGCAGAGGGAUGCAGCACUCUUAAAAUUGCAAAGCUUCUGAAGCGUGAUCAUCGAACAAUCAAGCGUUUCAUUCAAAAUAGUCAACAGGGUCGCAAGAAGCGUGUGGAAAAACCAAGGCGCAAAAUAACUGCCCAUGAACUGAGAAAAGUCAAGCGUGCAGCUGCCACGAUGCCACUUGCCACCAGUUUGGCCAUAUUUCAGAGCUGCAACAUCACUGGAGUGCCCAAAAGCACAAGGUGUGCAAUACUCAGAGACAUGGCCAAGGUAAGAAAGGCUGAAAGACAACCACCACUGAACAAGACACACAAGCUGAAACGUCAAGACUGGGCCAAGAAAUAUCUCAAGACUGAUUUUUCUAAGGUUUUAUGGACUGAUGAAAUGAGAGUGAGUCUUGAUGGGCCAGAUGGAUGGGCCCGUGGCUGGAUUGGUAAAGGGCAGAGAGCUCCAGUCCGACUCAGACGCCAGCAAGGUGGAGGUGGAGUACUGUUUGGGCUGGUAUCAUCAAAGAUGAGCUUGUGGGGCCUUUUCGGGUUGAGGAUGGAGUCAAGCUCAACUCCCAGUCCUACUGCCAGUUCCUGGAAGACACCUUCUUCAAGCAGUGUUACAGGAAGAAGUCUGCAUCCUUCAAGAAAAACAUGAUUUUCAUGCAGGACAAUGCUCCAUCACACGCGUCCAAGUACUCCACAGCGUGGCUGGCAAGAAAGGGUAUAAAAGAAGAAAAAUCUAAUGACAUGGCCUCCUUGUUCACCUGAUCUGAACCCCAUUGAGAACCUGUGGUCCAUCAUCAAAUGUGAGAUUUACAAGGAGGGAAAACAGUACACCUCUCUGAACAGUGUCUGGGAGGCUGUGGUUGCUGCUGCACGCAAUGUUGAUGGUGAACAGAUCAAAACACUGACAGAAUCCAUGGAUAGCAGGCUUUUGAGUGUCCUUGCAAAGAAAGGUGGCUAUAUUGGUCACUGAUUUGUUUUUGUUUUGUUUUUGAAUGUCAGAAAUGUAUGUUUGUGAAUGUUGAGAUGUUAUAUUGGUUUCACUGGUAAUAAUAAAUAAUUGAAAUGGGUAUAUAUUUGUUUUUUGUUAAGUUGCCUAAUAAUUAUGCACAGUAAUAGUCACCUGCACACACAGAUAUCCCCCUAACAUAGCUAUAACUAAAAACAAACUAAAAACUACUUCCAAAAAUAUUCAGCUUUGAUAUUAAUGAGUUUUUUGGGUUCAUUGAGAACAUGGUUGUUGUUCAAUAAUAAAAUUAAUCCUCAAAAAUACAACUUGCCUAAUAAUUCUGCACUCCCUGUAUAAAUGGAACCAUUCAGAGGAAAAUCCGCCCCCUACCAUGUAGGCCGUUGGGGAGGUGUACAAAGCCAUUAUAGAACGUUUGAUAUCACCCGUUAUCCCAAAGGCCUGCAAUGCUUCCUCCAGAAAGUAUCACCUGAUUCUGUCAAAGGCUUUUUUAGCAUCCAGUGACAGAGCAAGGAGGGGCACGCUUUUCUUACAAGCCAGAUCCAUCACGUUUACCAGUCUUCUGAUAUUAAAAACUGGAGAUCUACUUGCAACAAUCCCCACUUGGUCCCAGUGUAUUAUCAGCGAUAUUAUGUUAAUAAUUCUUGCUGCAAUUACUGCAGAAUACAACUUCAUGUCUGUAUUUAACAGAAAGAUGGGCCUGAAAUUUCCUAUUAUUUCUGGAUGGAGGUAUUUUCCCUGUGGACAGAAUAUAAUUAAACAUUCUAGUGUGCCUCCCCACAAGAUUGGCAUUCAAAAUUUUAUAAAAAUAAUUCCCAAAACCGUCUGGACCAGGGGACUUAGUCGUUUUUGAUAGAAUUAACAACCUCCUCUGGUGCGAUAGACUUAUUUAGUUUUAAUUGAUCUUGUAAAACUUUUUGUAUUUUAGAUUUAAUUAAAAAAUAUCUUAUAUUAGUAUAUUAGUUGGGACUUGGUAGGUUAUAUAGGUUUGAGUAAAAGUCUUGAAAUACCUGGCCUAUUUUAGAUGGUGCCAGAAUAAUGUUGUUACCCCGCGUUAUUUUUGAAAUAAUUUUACUAGCUUUUUGGAUUUUUAAUCUAGUAGUGAGUAGCUUAUCAGCCCUAUUGCCUUAUUAAUACCAUGUCCUUUUCAAUUUUUCUAAAUAGUAGUUCGCUUUUUGUAUCAAUAAAUCAUUAAUUUCACCUCUGACUAUUUUCAGUUUAUUACCUGUUGCUGUCGACGGCCUUGCAUUAUUCACCUUUUCCAGAUUGUCUAGCUGUAAGUAUAGGUAUGCUAGAUUAGUUCAAUUUCUUUUUUUUUUUCUUGGUGGCCUCAUUUUAUUAAAUGGCCUCUUAUAGUGCAUUUGUAAGCGCACCAUACUACAGGGGAAGUAUAUUAUUUGGUGAUAGAAUCAUUGACCCAGGGAUAUCAGGGAUAAGGAUAUCAGCACCGUACAUAUCUUCGCUACAUAUGCACUUUAUUGUUCUUAUCUCUUAAAGACACCGUAUCCAGUUCCAUCAUUUUUAUUGCAUCUAAGCCAUUUUCACGAGCUAGCUCCUGGAUUUUAUGUACCCCAUCUUAAGGUGCCACCUUUGUUAUUUUAUGUAUAGGUUUUGGUGAAUCCCUAUUCCUUCCGGUGUGAGCAGCUUUGUGUUACAGACUCCCUCUCUUCUGAAUAUUCCAUUUAGGAAUAUCAGUACUCUUAUCCCACUGCUCUAUUUUCUUCUCUAGAGAUGUCAUCUUUUCUUGCUGUAGAUGGUGUUGUAGGAUCAUCUGUUCUACUUUUUCUUCCAGAGCAGUAAAUUUAUUUAUUACUUUACGCAUUUCUCCUUUAAAAUGGUCUGAAACUAUUUGUAUUUUCGGUUUAAUUUUAUCGAACUGGGAAUUUAACCAUGCGUAUUAAAAAAAAUCUCUCUCAAUGUGUUGUGGUUCUUUUCACGAGGUCUCCUGCUUCUCUCGAUCAUCUUCCUUUCCUGGUUGAAUUUGAGUAUUGUUUUCAUCCUCGUCGUUUCUCUGGACUUGAUGUUCUGGCCCCUUUCUCAACUCUCCAACCGGAGCGUCUUUCUUGUAACAAUGUUACUAAGCUUUAACGCUUUAUUAAAAAUUCUGUCUUUUUUUCACCUCUCUCUUCUAUUCCUUUUCCUUUCUCUCUCUCUCUCUCUCUCUCUCUCUCUCUACAGGUACAGGUUUUUUACCGGUAGUUGCAGAUCAGCUGUCCUCAGUGCUAUAACACUAUUUUGCAGAUUUAAGCUGAAUGUACAUACAAUUCUUUCUUUGUACAAGUUUCUAUUUGGAGCUGAUAUGUUAAGGUAUGCUUGCUUCAUAGACUGCGGUCUGCAAAUUAUACUUGCUAUAUGACCUUAUGUGACCUUCCUUUUGUCAAUUGAAGUAAUUACUUCCUCUUUAAGUAAAAGACCAAUAUAAGGCGUACAGAUCCUUGUGAUUGCAUUCCUAGUAGCUUCCCUCCUCCAAAAGUAUAAUAGAGAAAUUAGGACCUAUUAACAUUUCAUAUCUGCACAACUUCGUAUAUCACUCUUUUUUAGCUUGAAAUAUAAUUAUGAUCUCGCUGUACUUGCCGCCCUCCGUUGCCAGUACUGGGUCCACGUUUAGCUAAUCUUCUUCCUUUGUCCUCCGUCCACUCUCCCCUGCCGACUCUCCACCGACCACAAGACAUAAAUUAGUUCCCAAACAAUUUUUCACCCCGCCUACGGUAUUCAACUGUAUCCGCUGUCUCCUCCAUCAAACGCCGACACCCCCGUCCCUAGAUCAACUCGCACCCUGCAUUACCUGCGAAACAUGACCAGCAUGCGCCGACACGUCAUCGCUCCACCACCCCCCCAACAAAAUAUUUUUUACUAAAUAUUCCUGUAGAUCUAGGACACUAAGCUAAUCUCCAGGGGAAGAAGAAUGAAAAAUAGACUUUAUUAAUUAAACCAGGAACUAUAGAGGAAUAAGACAUUUUUUAAGCUAAAUCAGCCAAACUGGAAAAAUGGCGGAUAUGAAGAAUUAUUUAAAAAUGUCCCAUUUUUGACAAUCCAUGGUAAUUCCAGGUGAAAAAGAAAAAAAUCCACUUAACAUACCAUACUUUGGUAAACUCUGUACUUGAUUUGUAGGACUGCUCCGUAGCCAAAAUCAGUCCGAAUAAAUAAAUAAUAUGCAUGUUUGCGCAGAGAUACCAGCAGUUGGGGCCGCCGGUGGGUACACGGGUAUCAGGUUACUUCUUGGUGUUGCGUUUACAAAACUCCAGCACUAAACUUGGAGUUUGAAGAUUACCACCCCUACAAUACAUGGUUAAAGGGUUACUACAAGCACCAUGACCACUGAAUGUGGCCUGUAGUCUCAAUGUGCAGCGUUUCGCUAUGAAGCGCCAUGCCUAUAUUAACCUCUCCGCUGCUGGAAGUGUAACUCCGCUUACGGCAUCGUCUUCGGUUGUCAUUGGCCAAAUCAGAACAGGAAUUCCAGGAAGGUUAAUAUCAACUCUGUGCAUCGGGUACCAGCACGCACAGCAUGGCGGCUCCAUUCCAUCCCCGUCCUCCCCCCUCAGCCUAAAUGGCCAGAGACAACCCGUUCUAAAGCUCAGUGAUCCUGGUCUGCGGUAUUCAUUUGCCCAGGAAAUUCUGAGAAAUCUCUCCAAGUUUUUAUUACAUUAUACAGCUCUCAAACUAUUAGAUUUUCAAAUAUUAAUGCAAUAAAAUAUUCCAUUUGCAUCGAGAGAGGGGUCCGUUGAAGGUUAGCAUUUUGCUCAAAAAUAUGUUUGGAAUAUGUUUCUUAUUUUUAAGACGAUGCAUUAAUUAUGCCACAGAAAGAGAUUUUAAAGAAAUGUCAGGCAUUGGAAAGAGUGGUGCAAUGUGAGGCUUGCUCCAGGCAGAAAAUAAAAAUAUAUUAUUAAAUUAUAGAUAUUAUAUUUAAUCAGAUUUAACCCAUUAUAUGCAACAUUGUUCACUGUGCAAAACAUAUCCCUUAAAUCUGUGGACAGUAUAGGAAAGGGUCAAUUUACACACCUCCUGGCAUUUCGGGGUUCUUUUUGAUUCUGAUCUCUCUUUUACUCCCCAUGUCCAAUUGAUAGCCAAAUCCUGUCGCUUCCAACUCAAGAACAUAGCGCACAUCCGCCCAUAUCAAACACCGGACGCGGUUAAGGUACUGGUUCACGCUGUUUUCUCUCUUGCCUUGACUACUGCAAUCCCCUUCUCACCGGUCUUACAUGUUCCCAGCUUGCACCGCUGCAAUCUAUAAUGAAUGCGGCUGUGAGGCUUAUUUUCCUGUCCGGUCGCACCUCCCACGCCUCCACGCUCUGUCAGUCCCUGCACUGGCUUCGAGUAGGAUAUAGGGCCCAAUUCAAAAUUCUGGCGCUUGCUUACAAAUCCCUAGAUAAUGCUGCCCCAACAUACCUAUCCUCCCUCAUACACAAGUAUGUCCCAUCAAGACCCCUGCGCUCAGCCCAAGACCUACGCCUAUCCUCUGCCCGGAUCCCCACCUCUGAUGCUCGCCUUCAAGACUUCUCCAGGGCUGCACCUAUUCUGUGGAACUCCCUUCCCUCCUCAAUCAGACUUUCACCCAGCCUCCACUCCUUCAAAAAAUCUUUGAAAACUCACUUCUUCAUUAAAGCGUAUCUAUUAAACUGUCAGCAGGUUUCUCAUCCCCCACCCCAUGACUCCGUUCCUGCAACUGUCAAAAAUGACCUACCAAGCACUCAAUAAACCCUUCUCUGACAAACUAUGUAAUUCCCCUACUUUAACCCUUUGUGUCACUAUACCCCACUCCCUCUAGCAUGUAAACUCAUCGAGCAGGGCCCUCAACCCCCUCUGUUCCUGUACGUCCAGUGGUCUGAUCUCAAUUAUGUGUCUGUUAGUCCACCCAUUGUACAGCGCUACGGAAUUUGUUGGCGCUAUAUAAAUAAUAAAAUAAAAUAAUAAUAAUAAUUUCACAUGGACAGAGAGGGACAUUUUACUUUAGGGGUGUGAGAAGGGGUGUGGCCAGGGGCGGGGCUGUUAUGAGAAACUGUAGGUGACUUACUAAUAAUUUAUUAUAAGAACAAUGUAUCUUAUUUACACAGACUGAUUUCCAAACACAUUUAUUGUAGUUUAACCCCUUAAGGACCAAACUUCUGGAAUAAAAGGGAAUCAUGACAUGUCACAUGUCCUUAAGGGGUUAAAGACACAUUACUAUUGCUAUGGAGCUCUGUUAUACACAAAUUGACAAAUGGCAAAUGAUUUAGGGAAACUAGAAAAAUGGCCAGAGUUGUGGCAACUGACAUUUAAUGUGGAUAAGUGCAAGAUAAUGCAUCUUGGACGUAAAAACCCAAGGGCAGAGUAUAGAAUAUUUGAUAGAAUCCUAACCUCAACAUCUGAGGAAAAGGAUUUAGGGGUGAUUAUUUCAGAUGACUUAAAGGUAGGCAAACAAUGUAAUAGAGCAACAGGAAAUGCUAGCAGACUGCUUGGUUGUAUUGUACGCAGUACUUGAGACCGUAUCGCCAGAAAGAUAUUGAUACUUUAGAGCAGGGGUCCUCAAACUACAGCCCAUGGACCGCAUCUGGCCCGCCAGUGUCCUGAAUCCAGCCCAAGGAACCAGAGCCACCCGAUGGGCCCUAUAUCUUCAGGGGCCCGGUGUGCUCUGCGGCCAUGCAAUUGCGCGACCGGGCCCUUUAAAAAAAAUUAAUUUUAAAAAUCGCAGCUGCAAGUAGUGCUGGGAGGAAGUGACGGCCGGUCACUUCCUCCCAGCUCCCUCCACGCGGGAGGGGAGAAAGACAGGCUGCGGGAGCCACGCCGACCCCAUCAGCCACAGCCACCCUCCUGCAAAAAAAAGGUAAGCAAAAUUAGCUGUGUAUGUAUGUAUAUCUCAGUGUGUGUACAUGUGUCAGUAUGUAUGUCAGUAUAAAUGUACAUACGUAUGUACGUACGUCAGCAUGUGUGUAUGUAUGUCAGCAUGUAUGUAUAUAUGUAAGUCAGUACGUGUCUGUAUGUAUGCAUGUCUGUCUGUGUGUAUGUAUCUGUAUAUAUGUGUGUGUAUGUAUUUCAGUAUGUAUGUCUGUUUAUGUAUGUAUGUAUGUAUGUCAGUAUGUGUGUGUGUAUUUAUGUCCCUAUGCGUGUGUGUGCAGUGUGCAUAGGAAUUCGUUCAUAGUCCAGCCCCUAACAGUGUCUGAGGGACCGUGAACUGGCCCCCUGUUUAAAAUGUUUGAGGACCCCCGCUUUAAAGAGACCACAGAGAAGAGCUACUAAACUGGUUCAUGGAUUGCGGGAUAAAACUUACCAGGAAAGGUUAAAGGAUCUUAACACGUAUAGCUUGGAGGAAAGAUGGAACAGGGGGGAUAUGAUAGAAACAUUAAAAUACAUAAAGGGAAUCAACACAGUAAAGGAGGAGACUAUAUUUAAAAGAAGAAAAACUACCACAACAAGAGGACAUAGUCUUAAAUUAGAGGGACAAAUGUUUAAAAAUAAUAUCAGGAAGUAUUACUUUACUGAGAGGGUAGUGGAUGCAUGGAAUAGCAUUCCAGCUGAAGUGGUAGAGGUUAACACAGUAAAGGAGUUUAAGCAUACGUGGGAUAGGCAUAAGGCUAUCCUAACUAUAAGAUAAGGCCAGGGACUAAUGAAAGUAUUUAGAAAAUUGGGCAGACUAGAUGGGCCGAAUGGUUCUUAUCUGCCGUCACAUUCUAUGUUUCUAUGUAACUUUGAAGACGUUAAAUAGCUGUAUAUGACAAACACACACAGCCAUCAGCUAUAUCUGUCAGUUAUCGGAAUGCCAAAACCUUGGAAACAAAUUGAACUCAAAAUAAACAAAGUGUGCUGCUUGCUGCACCUAAUUAGGGCCCAAGGAAAAACCAAAAGCAAGAAAUACAGAGAAUAGAUAAGUGAGCUGAAAACUUUAGGUGAAACUAUACAAACUAGCUGCAUUUUUCAGCUAAGCUGUAUGGAAUAAAACGUGUAAUGCCCAACAAAUACCCAAAGUGAAUCUAAAAUUUUAGGUAAAACACAGCAAUUCACACUUUUCCAUAAACUCAGAAAUAAGCCCACAUUACACAUUAUCCCUGAAAUUAAAUACUUCUAAUUAUCUGGGCGUUGUGAGCGCCAGUUAUCUUUCAAGAAAAUCCCAAAACGAUUGCACAUUCAAUGUCUUAAAGCAAAGACCGUUAGCUCUUUGAGUGCCAGAGGUGUGACAAAGCACUUGGCACACCUGUACUGCUGAAUGGGUUAAAUCUGCAAAGCAUACGUAUACAGAACACGUUGAAUGGCCCUCCAGAGACCAAGGAGUUAAAUGAGGACAUCUAAGCAUUUUAAGGCUUACCAGGGGCUGGGAAAAUGCAAAGUGUUACAGCGUUUACAAUGCUCCAUGACAACCACAGCAUUGGACAACAACGUCCUGGCAGUUAGCAGCUACAGGGACCGAAACAAACCCUUCCAAAACGAACACGACACACCUGAACAGGUAAGAAAUACCAACAUCAUACAAAGGGCGUUCGGUGGGGUUUGGGGAUUUGGGUAACUAAAAGUAGUCUAUAAAAUAUGCAAGGGUCCCUGGAGAUACGGAAGGGUGCCUCUCACAGCUUUUUGGGCCAGCUGCACUUCUCUGCCAUAUGUAACCACCAAACAAAUCAAUUUAAUCUUUACUAAGCGAGAGCAGUGGGUCCCAGACUUAUUGGAAGAUAAACAAGGUUAAGGAACACUUCAAUGAUUAAAAAAUAUUCCAAGGUAAACUUACUUUAAUUACCUUUGUUAGUUGUGAAAAAGAAUUGCCUUGUUUUUUGACAUAUUACUUUUUAAAAAAUGACUUGUAAUAAUCUGAGUUACUUCUCACAGCCUACCCUUACUUAUUUAACUUUACUUGGUCAGAACGAUCACACAAAAUGUAAAAGUCUGCAGGUCAGCGCUGGCUGCCUGAGUUUGGUAUAAGUAAUCGCACACUGGGGGCUGGUAAACUGAAUGCUUGUUGGCCAGAUAACUUGUGCGUUUAACCAGGGAACGCAAAGAUGGCGGCCAGCACGGAGCAAGUGUAAAGAAGGAAAUGCAUUGAUUAGAGAGGGAUUUUAGUUAUAAAAUAAAGCAAAUUUGGGUUACAAUAUACUUUAAAUAAUUAUAAAUUGAUGACAGAUUUCCUUUAACAUCACAUUAACUUGCAGCCUUACUAGAGAAGUAUGUAACAUGUAUGUAUAUAUAUAUAUAUGCAUUCUAGCUAGAUUGGCUUAGUAGUUUAAUUUAGUAGCCAGUUGGAAAACACAAUCUUAACAUGUCUUUAAAAAAUUUUUUAAAAAAUUUAAAAAAAAUACCAACAUACAAAUGUAAAGUGUUGUGCUAAUAAAAAAAGAUGAUAUCUGUGUAUCAUGCUACAAUGUCUGAAAAUAUAUACACUAUAUGACUUCUGAAAAAAACCACUCCAGACACCAUAACUUCAUUCACAUUAAAGGACCACUAAAGUGCCAGGAAAACAUACUCGUUUUCCUGGCACUAUAGUGCCCUGAGGGUGCCCCCACCCGCCGGGCUGGAUGGCGAGGAAAGGGGUUAAACUUACCUUUAUUCCAGCACCGGGCGGGGAGCUCUCCUCCUCCUUUCCGCCUCUGAUCCUCCUCCUGGGCUGAAUGCACAUGCGCGGCAAGAGCUGCGCGCGCAUUCAGCCGGUCUCAUAGGAAAGCAUUCAUAAUGCUUUCCUAUGGACGCUUGCGUCUUCUCACUGUGAUUUUCACAGUGAGAAGCACGCAAGCGCCUCUAGCGGCUGUCAAUGAGACAGCCACUAGAGGAUUUGGAGGCUGGAUUAACCCAUUUAUAAACAUAGCAGUUUCUCUGAAACUGCUAUGUUUAUAAAAAAAGGGGGUUAAUCCUAGAGGGACCUGGCACCCAGACCACUUCAUCAAGCUGAAGUGGUCUGGGUGCCUAGAGUGGUCCUUUAAAUUGUUAUGGUGUGAGGAAGUCCUUGGCACCAUCUUACUUUAAGGGCUUAAGCCGUUAAACGGUUUUGACCCCAUACCCUGGAAGACAAUCUCUCUGCCCUCAAUUUCAGUCAUAGUCCUUACGAGUGAGCACAGACCCAUUCUAUCCCUCCUAUUCCCAGUCCUGAUUCCCCAUGCUGUCCUUUCCACAUAAUGUUGGAUUAGCAAUACAUAACAGUAUUUAAUCUAACACAAAGAAGUUCUCUUGGUGUGUACCAGCCAAAAUAUACUGAGCAGACGCGUUCAAUAUAAAAACCACGACUUGCUGGACUGGUCAGGUAACGGUUUAAUUCCAGGUAAUAUUUACAUAUACUAUAUCUGCAUGUGUUUGUGCGAUCUGAAAAUAUGAUUAAAUAGGAAUUUGCACGCCUGUAACGACCUCUCUGCUGGAGAUGAAAGCCUCCACAUUUUGAAUUGUUCCUUUAAAGCAGGGGUCCCUCCAGAUGUUUUGGACUACAUCUCCCUUGAUGCUUUGCCAGCAUUAUGCCUGUAAGAGCAUUAUGGGGAAUGUAGUCCAAAACAUCGAAGGUUCCCCACCCCUGUUUCAAGGGACACUAUAGGCACUCAGACAACUUCAUCCCAAUGAGGAUGUCUGGUUGCAGUGUCCCUGUCCCUUUUACCCUGCAAUGUCAAAUAUUGUAGUUUCAGAGAAAGUGCAUUGUUUAUAUUGCAGGGUUAAGACUGGUCUUCCAGACAGUCACUAGUGGAGCUUCCUGGCCUUUCACGGAGUAUAACUCCACAAAGCAACGCCAGACGCCAUCAAGCUUUGUGUGUGGAUGUCUAGCGUCUUGAAAAUUCUGCUAAUUCCCAACGCUAUAGUGUUCCUAUAUGAAUUUAAAAGAAAACAGGGCCAUGGGUGAACAAAGGUAUCCACAGGUCAUAGGUUAUUUCCAAUGCCCCUCUUUAGCCCUGACUGCUGUUCCAUACUAGCUGGUUACUGUGCAUGCGCACAUCAUGUCACAACAUCCUUUAUCUUCCCUAAACAAUUUUGUUUCUCCAAUAACACUUAAUUUUUUAGGUUUUUAUAGAGCAGCCAAUUAUUAAAAAACAAAACAAAAACAGCUUAUAAACAAACUACAAAAUCUAGACCCUUCUCUGCCUUUACCGUUGCGCUGAGGAGGGAUUUAUAAGGAUAAUACUAUAGAAAGCAAUUGGAGCAUGCGGAUAGGCCAAUCACAUGUUUGACUGGGCAGCGCCCACUUUAAAUUUUAAUUUCAAUGCAGCAGCAAAACACUAUAUCUAUAUAAGUUAUAUCACUAGUAUAACUUUCAUUGUAAUGGAUUGCUGUUCUUGCAGAUUAUUACAAUAUAUUAUCUGUGCAAUGUAUUAAAAGCAAUGUGUGUGCAUUGCAGUCCAGAGUGGGUCUUCAGAGGAAAGCCAAGCGUUACUGUAACAAUGCCUCAGAACUUCACACCACAAACCAAUGAGAGAAGUUCAGUGGAGCAGUAACACAAACCCACACCAGAGGGCGCACACACACUGCUUUAAAUCCAUGGUCACUCACAGUGUAGGUCAUGAGUCAGAAGACAGAUUCAUUAUCCAAUAAAAUUGUCUCCUUAUUCAGUUAGAGGUUUUAUGCGUUAGGUAAAGUUCUUAUUGGUCAGCUUCUGCUAAUUGGACUUAUUGAACAGAUUCUGUUAACGAUCUUGGUAUCACACGGUCACCAAAAUGUAACAUUUAAAAUGCCGACUGUCACUUGUGAGAAAGUCACAGAGAAAGUGCUGCGGCCCUUAGAAAGCAGUGCCAUUAAAAUACAGUCGGCACUCCAGAUGUUUUGGACUACACCUCCCAUGAUGCUUUGCCAGCAUUCUGGGUCUCAGAGCAUUAUGGGGGAUGUAGUCCACAACAUCUGGAGUGCUGGAGGUUGCCUAUACCUGGAUUAGCUGAAUAGGUCAGGAGGGGUAGCCGAGAGUGAUGGGAAUUAGCCUGCUUUAUAAUGGCACUGCAUCCUAAAGCAGACGGUUUAAGAACUUCAUGUUUAACGUGCAUAGACAAUAUCCUCACUAAUCUGGAAAUGUUAUUAAUAUAAAAUAACCCCUCCCCACCCCCAAUAAACAGAAUUGCCCAGAAUGAAAUGCGUCUAUCUUGCGCCAUACCAGUUUAUACCACGGUUUGGGCCAGUGAUAGGCUGAGAGCAGGGCCUGCCCAAGACAUAGUGCUUCCUGGGUUGAAGGAUUGGAUGCAGUGUCUGUGUGUAGUGCAUGUAGUGGAUGCAGUGUAUUUGUGUAGUGCAUGUAGUGUGUGUAUAGUGCAUGUAGUGGAUGCAGUGUAUUUGUGUAGUGCAUGUAGUUUGUGUAGUGGAGGCAGUGUCUGUGUGUAGUGCAUGUUGUGCAUAUAGUGGAUGCAGUGUCUGUGUGUAGUGCAUGUAUUGGAUGCAGUGUCUUGUGACGGGUGAUUUUUUUUUUUUUUAUAUGUAUGAUUAAGUGUAUUCCUCAAUCCCUGCCUCUUACCUGUGGUCAGGGAGGAGGGACACUUGUGUCCAUGGUGGUCCAGUGGCACAGAGGUGGCCCAAGGAGUCUGAUGUAUCCCUCUUGCAGCUUCCUGUCAUCUUCUCUCUCGAGCCAAUUGAGCGCAAAAUGCUGCCCAUGUAAAAGUGCCACCCGGAGCCGUGGCCCCACUACUGCCUAUGGACAGGCCGGCCCUUGCUGAGAUAGCUCAUCUAGUACGGUGUGAAGUGGAGAAUAGCUCCACCUCCUCCAUUUAAUCCCUGGUGGCCAGGAUGGUGUGAACCGAACAUUUCUGCUAAACGCUUAGUAAACCAUUCAUAGUGAUGCAGAAACCAGCGUGCGCAGACUCCAGACACCAUAACCAAGUCAAUCAGAUGAAGUGGUUAUGGUGCCUACAGUGUCGCAUUAGUGUACAAACUUUCCAGUUUCCAUAUUUGUGUUAGCAGCCAAUGAUGUAACUUUAUGAAUGCAUUUUUAUUUAAUUGUUUGAUGAAAGAUCUUAGAGAAAUGGAAGGAGUAUAAAUUCCAUACAAGUUGCUGAUUUUGCAAAUGAGAUUCCGACUCCCCCUGACUAAACUUACAAAGACAAUCAAGAAAAAUGCUACUACUGCAGAUGUAAUCACUGACUGAUCAGGAGAAAUUAUGUGACUGCAAUACAAUUCAUGCAAUCACUUUGGAAAAAUAAAAAAAUGAAAGAAUUUCCGAAAUAGCUGCAGCAGAAGGAAGUCUCCCCAAAUCGAGAAUAGAAUCCCCCAGCAAUCUUAUCUUCACACCAAAUAUUUUCCAAAUUAUUCUGCUGAUUUGCUACGGAGAUGAUACUUGCCUUUAAAUUAUCUUUCUCUGUAUCUCAUGCUUUCAUCGAUCUUUCUGCUUCCUCUCGAUCUCACCCUUACCGUAUCCCUCUUGCCGUUUCUGUUCUAAUUCUAUGUUCUGUAACGCUUUCAUAUUUUCCGCUAUAUAUUUUAGGUGUUUUUCCAGCCUUUGGUGUUUUUUAGGACCUUCAGUAGUCCAUUGUCUGGUUUAACCUGUAGUUCACUGUGCUUUUCGAUAACAAGCUAGCCUGAGUCCACUGGCUAUUUUCUUUUUACCCUUCAGUUUUUUUUUUAUGUCCCCUGUCCUUUUUGUUUGAUUUUUCAGGACAAUUAACAGUCACAGUAAAUGGAAAAAAGGGAUUUGCUUGUUGUGGAGAUAUGAGCAUAUAUUCAAAUGAAGCUGGAACACACUCAAGGUUAAGUGAUGAGUUUUAUUAAUGAGUUAAUUUAUUCUGUAUUACCGUACCAAAACUUUGCCUUGUCCACUUGUCGUGGCUUGGUUUAAUAAAAUGUAUCAUUGAACCUUGAGCAAUGUUGCUGCGUUGUUUUAGAGUGUUUAGAAUUCUUAGAAAAGCAAAUAUUGAGUAAGGUUCUAAAUGUCGCAAACAGACCAAUCAAUGCAGACAAUGAUGGAACAUCUGAAUUUUAAAAAAAAAUAUGCUAAAAUAGUAGCUGUAACUAUAACGAACAGGAGAAUUAAAAAAUAAAAAUUUGUGCCUACAUUUUGUAUUUUUUUUUUUACACUUCACUACAAUUCUGUGUUUAGAGGAUCCCAUUCAACAGAAUUUCUGUAAAAUUUUGCCGGUCCAUUAUUUUGCAAGCAAUGCACACUUUUUUUUAUUUUAUUUUAUUUUUUUGAAUCAUGCAUGGGUUUUUAACCCCUUAAGGACACGACGUGUGAGACAUGUCAUGAUUCCCUUUUAUUCCAGAAGUUUGUUCCUUAUGGGGUUAAACGGUUUCUAGGGCCCACUGAGUGGGCCUGAAUUAGUGUCUGAGCACAGUAAACUGUUCUCGAAGUUAUAGACUUUAGUGGCACUCAAGAAUUGGUCUGAUAAUCACGGAAAUAAAAUAAAUGCAUGGCGUCUAUAAAUCAGCCACAAGUUCGAUUUCAUGUUUCACCUUCUUUCCAGGAAAAAAUAUGGCAAAAAACCUGAAAGACUCGAAGGUCCACACACUCAAGAUCCAGCAGACUUACUGGGCAAAGGACACGAGUGAAGAGGACUUGUUGAAGUUGGGGGCCAUCUGCUUGGACAAAGUAGAAGAACAAGUGGAUUAUUAUGAUACAGAUGGGUAUGAUCUGGCUGUCAAGGACACAUGGCUGAGUAAAACUGAACAUAAAUGGAGACUGAUUGUCGACAAGAGUGGGCCAGUCAAACCAUCUCCACCAUCCAAAACCAGUCAAGACCAUCUUCAGAACGGUAAUUUGAAAGCCAGUCGACAGGUAGACAAUGACCUUACAAGAAAAAAACAACAGAAAGCUUUAAAAAAUUAUCAAAAUAGCAACAAAAUAUUAGCAGAUAUGGAUGCCGUAGAAAAAGGUUUGUCAACUUGCUACGAGCUAGAAAAUGAAAUUGAGAUUAUGCAGUAUCUUUCCAAAGAUUUAUCCCCAACAGAAGACAUUAACGGUGCAGCGAUGGGAGAUUUUCUACAAGUUGUCCGGAUCCAAAAAUACGCAAGUUUCGUCUUCACGAAGCAGGUGACCUACCGAUUAAGGGAUUGUUAUACAAUUACACUAACAACGGACCAGAAAAGCUCCAGAAAAGUGGCUGUGGUGUCUCUUCAAGUUGAAAUCCAAAAUGUCACACAAGGGUUUCAAAGGCUGGAACAGUUGGCCAAUGAUCUGGAACUCCAACUCCAAAAUAUGUAACGUCGUAGAAAAAAAAAAGAAAAAAAAAAAGAACUAGAUUAAUAUGAUUAUAAAGUAUUGUGGGCUGGCGUGGCGCUUACAGAAACAAACAGGGGGUUUUCAAGGUCAAGACACAGACUGAUACACUGUAUUCACAACCUGAUGCAGGAACAGGUACAUUAAAAGCAGCACUAGCUGGAUUACAACUCCCAGACACCACAGCCAAGCUCGGCUUACAAAGAUUAAAGAGAUUAAUAACUUGUGAUUGCCAACUUUCAUUGCUGAAAUAGAAAGUAGUAGAUACCUGGAAUAGCCUCCCAGUGAAAGUAGUAAAGGCUUUAUAGAAAUUAAAUAAUGACCAAGAUGGGUACAAUGCUUUCUUGAAGAAAUCAGUGGGAGGUUUUAUAAAAACGCAUAAACGGACCAAUUGUGUCUUGGAAAUGUUACGAUAAACUAUUCCAAUGUAAGGAAGGUACUCCUGAAAACUAACACUUCCAGUUAAAGAAACUCACCACAACAGCCUAGUGGGGGGAAAAAGUCUAUUUGGCGGUUGUAUGAGCAAACAUUCCGAUUUCCUGGUAGACUGCUUUUGAAUGGUUUUAAAGGACCACUCUAGGCACCCAGACCACUUCAGCUUAAUGAAGUGGUCUGGGUGCCAGGUCCAGCUAGGGUUAACCCUUUUUUUUAUAAACAUAGCAGUUUCAGAGAAACUGCUAUGUUUAUAAUAGGGUUAAUCCAGCCUCCAAAGCCUCUAGUGGCUGUCUCAUUGACAGCCGCUAGAGGUGCUUGCGUGAUUCUCACUGUGAAAAUCACAGUGAGAAGACGCCAGCGUCCAUAGGAAAGCACUGUAAAUGCUUUCCUAUGAGACCGGCUGAAUGCGCGCGCAGCUCUUGCCGCGCAUGCGCAUUCAGCCGAAGAGGAGGAUCGGAGGCGGAGAGGAGGAGGAGAACUCCCCGCCCGGCGCUGGAGAAAAGGUACGUUUUAACCCUUUCCUCUCCCCAGAGCCCGGCGGGAGGGGUACCCUGAGGGUGGGGGCACCCUCAGGGCACUAUAGUGCCAGGAAAAUGAGUAUGUUUUCCUGGCACUAUAGUGGUCCUUUAAUGAUAUAGAUUUGUGAAGAGUGCAUGUUUAUAAAUGUAAAUAGCUCGAUAGAGCUAUAGAGCAUCUUGGAAAGGACUAUAAGGGAAACAAGAUAUUUUAGGCUAAAAUAUCCAAAUUACCCAACGUUUCAAAUCUCUUGUCAAUUCUGCACCAAUUCUGGUUUAGUAAGCAAGUCCCUGCAUUUAUAUUCUUUUACUGAAGGAAUCAUUUCAAAAUGAUGUAGGUAUAUUUAUAGAAACUGUACCCCCUCCCAAAAAUAAAGUAUUGGCUUAUUCAUUAAAUGGCAACACAUGGUGACUUCAGAAACCUCAAUUAGGAAUGGUCUUUGUUUUGUUUUUAACUCACUUAUUUUGUCCUAAAAUCCUUAAAGGGACACUAUAGUCACUAAAACAACUACAGCUUAUUGAAUUUGUUCUGGUGAGUAGAAUCAUUCCCUUCAGGCUUUUUGCUGUAAACACUGUCUUUUCAGAGAAAAUGCAGUGUUUACAUUACAGGGAUACCUCCACUGGUCACUCCUCAGAUGGCUACUAAAGGUGCUUCCUGGGACAGUGCUGCACAGUGUGACUGACAUUCAUUCUCUCCACCCUCUGCAUGGAGACACAGAACAUUUUUCAUAGAGAUGCAUUGAUUCAAUGCAUCUCUAAGAUGAAAUGCUGAUUGGCCAGGGCUGUGUUUGGCUCUGCCCCUGAUCUGCCUCCUUGACAGUCUCAGCCAAUCCUAGCAUUGUGAUUGGCUCAGAACAACACUUCUGAUGAUGUCAGCCAAGCAGGCAAAUCAGGGGCAAAGCCAGCAGCUGCAGACUUGAACACAAGUAAGAUUUUACUAUAUUUAGGAAGGGAAGGCAGUGCCAGAUGGUGGUUUUAACACUACAGGGUCAGGAAUACAUGUUUGUGUUCCUGACCCUAUUGUGUUUAUUUAAACUGGUGACAUCAUUGAAAUUUACAUUUUAGGGCACAGGCCCCCAGUAACAACAUCAGAUGUUGUUUGUCUCGAACAGCAUUACACAGAGCUAAAGCAAUCAGCGGCAUCAACUUAAACCAACCCAACAUCAACGCAACUGAUCUACAUCACAGAAACAAAUAACGCCUAUAAACUUCCUAUACAUCAUGGCAGCCAAAAUAAUCUCCAAUUUUAACACAAACAGGGUACAUCGGUGUCAGGGAAUCAACAUGAGUUUUAGGCCAAAAUAGACUAACAUGAGAAUGUAUCCAAUUCGGACAUGCUGUGGCUUGAAAUUAAAUGUGAAUCAUUUAAAUGUCAGUGAAUAAUUAUGGAAAUAUCUAGAGAGUAACUCGUUUUAUCUGUGUAAUCCUGGAGUCUCCAAUAUAUACUGCCUUGUAUAAUUAAAUUAUAAUAGAACAAAUAUAAUCAUUAUAUAAAUGUAUAUUUUAUUUCCAAAUGAAUAUCUUUCUCAUUAAAAGUAAUCAAAGUAACAAAG